AUGUCGUCUACUCCGUAUGCUCUGCUAUGCAAGGAGUUAUAUGCACACUUCAUUAACGAAUUCCAGCGCAGCCAAGAUGAUACGUAUCGGUUUGCCAUUGAAGGUACCGCUGAGUCAAUACUGGAUCGCAGAAAUUUGAUUCGCUUCUUCGAAUGUCUCCAUUCACCGGAUUCCAGCAAUCUAUCACUCGCCCUAAAUGCAGAAAUCCUUGCCAGCAGGGUAGAGGACAAGAAACUCCAAAAAUUCCUGGCUAUUUUGGUUUUCUCAACAUUUGAGAUUGAGCCGGCGCAUAAUUUCACGAACAAGCUUUUAGUUACUGGAUCUCUUGAAGCCGAAAGUUGCUCACUUCCAACAAAUAGACUGUUUUUGACAGAGCUCUUCGAGGAAGAAAUCACACCAGACCAGUUCCUUUCCAAGCAAGCCAUUUUCUGUCCUGUGAUGAUAGUAAAAGGAAUUGAAGUCCCAAUUCAAAGUCUGGAACAACAAAGACUCCCUUUUAUCGAAGAGAAGCUUCGAGGCAACGGUUCAUUCGCAACAGUUUAUGCUGUGAAAAUCGCUAAGGGUCAUUUCUAUGAUCCUAACCUGAAGAGUUCAAACAAAGAGCCAGUAGAGCUUGCUCGACGGGACUUUAUCAUCAAUGAUUCAGAGUCACUGGAGGCCCAGGAGAACCAUGAAAUUAUCAAAAUCAUUCUGUCACUUGCAAAACAUGAGAAUAUUGUGAAAAGCCUUGGGAGCAUCAUUGUUGGCUCUUCAACGUAUAGUCUCCUCAUGCCCCUCGCCAUCUGCGACCUUGAGGACUACAUGACUGAGCACCACAAAGACAAAGCUAAUACACCACUGGAGAGACUGGCAGUCAUACAAAAUGCUCGAGGUUUAGCCGGUGGACUGGGAUUCCUUCAUACCCAGAUGAAAACGAAAGACGGGGAUGAACUCGUGUGCUAUCACAUGGAUUUGAAGCCUGCAAAUAUUUUGGUCUAUCAGAACGGAAACUCUACUAGCAGAGACUACAUCUGGAAAAUCAGUGAUUUUGGAAUGUCUCGUAUAAAAGUUCGACAGCGUGGACAGAAUGAAGUGAGGGUCAGGGGAUUUCGCAAUUGGUUUGCGCAGCGGGCCAAGGCUGAACCUCAAAAUAUGUCAGCAGCACCUCCAACCAUGAAUCAUCGAUGGGAAGGGACGUACCUCCCACCAGAGUCUAUGGCUAGCUUCCCAACUAUGACGACGAGAAGUGAUGUUUGGUCGUUUGGCUGUGUAAUUAGUGUCGUCUUUACCUUCCUGGAAGAAGGCAGCCAUGGUUUGGAGGUGUACUCGGGCCGCAGAUCGAAUCACAGAAAGUCAAAUGGCUAUGAUCGAUUUUUUGUCCACGACAAACACAUGAGCUCUGCCAAAGUGCAUCAUCCUGCCAUCAAAGAGUGGCAUACUGAACUGAUUAAUAAGGCCAUGGCUCGAAGCCGUCUUGAAGGCAGUGCAGUUCAGUCUACACUUCGAUUCUUGGAAGACGAAAUUUUUCAGGACCAGAAGAAUCGGUGCUAUGCCCAGACAAUAGAGGAUAACUUGAAGGAAACAUGCAAACUAUACAACGAGGUAAUAGCGGAUCCUGGAGAGCCCGGAGAGCGGCUGUCGCCCUUGGAUUUCGUUUUGGAAAAUACCGGGCUCAAUCGAUUACUCAGUCGGAAGGAUGAGCCUCAUCUCAGUGCAGAGGUUGAAAAGCAGUUUCUCGAAGUGACAGAUCCGUUCAAAGGAUGUGAAAUAUCCCCAGAUGGCUCUGUGGUAGCUUUUUGGACUGAUAACAAUAUCUUGAUCUAUACUUCCGAGUCAUCUCUGGGAUCAAAAGACCCCAAGAUCAGGCCAGUUGACACCUGGGUGCUAAAGAACCAGCUAGAGAGCCGAAUGUUGAAAAGCAUUGCUUUGAUGGAGGAUUAUCUGGUAGCCUCAACAUCAGGAGGCUUUCAGUACUAUCUCUUUGACUUGCCGGAGAUAGCAAGAUUGGCGAUUUCUCCUGACGGGGCGACAAUAGCAUUUGCUCUGCGAGGCGAUGAAAAAGAUACAUUCGGAGCCCUGUACUAUGCAAGAAGAACAUCACCUAAGAAUUGCAAAAAGCUCAAGAGCCUCGAUAGACCCACAACAGAUAUUGCCCACAUGGCAUUUCAGAGCAAUGAUGAUUUGUACUGGGUCGUGAGGCCUGAUUCUUCCCUCAACGCUCACAGCUACGGAAUCACUCUUUUUCAUUUAUCUUUGAGAACAAACAUGUCAAAUUCAUUGAUAAUCGAGUCAAAGGACGUGGACCACACCAGCAAUGUUGGUCUUUUUACCACGUUCUCUCCCUUCUAUCCGGAUCUGAAUACCUGUAUAGUGGUCACACGGGAGAAGAAGUUACACAUCCAAAGUCUCUCACUACAAAACAAAAUGACAUCCUUCCAGCAUGAUAUAAAGGACUACCGCGUUCUUCGAAUAAUGGUCAGUCAAAAAUAUGGCAAAAUACUCGCGGUUGGAAGACCACAGGCAAGCCACAAGAUACUCCUGCUAGAGUUGAAGUGGUCUCAGAAGGAAACUCACAGAUCGCGAGGCAAGGGCGUCCUUCAUGUGGAGGAGCUUACCUCCCUCCCUGGUCUCCUGUCGGAAUAUGCAUUCAAAGAGCGACUUUGCGAGACAAAUGACGAGUCAAUCGUUCUCAUUGCCUCGCUGACGGUAGACCCUUCAGGUUAUCGUGCAAUGUACAGGAUCAACGUCAAGCCAUGGUUGGAUCCUGAGUGCAAAGACUCGGAAUAG